GUGCCGUGAUGGAACGUGUCUUCCGCGCAUAGACUGAAUUAUCAAUCGAUCAUCUUUCUUUCCACCGUCCGUGUUCAAUCUGCCUACUUUCGAAGGAGCCGAGCUCUGCAUCGUCCAUAAAAUCGAUCCCACUAUCAAGCAAUGGGCUCCGACGCAGAUAAAAGCAAAGCGAAAUCAGUCCCAGAGUCGAAAUCCGCCACGGACUUCACCCCCAAUACAGAGAUCUGGUACUCGGAUGGCAGCGUAGUCCUCGUAGCGAAGAAUAUUGCGUAUCGCGUCCAUGCUACUAUCAUGGCCGCACAUUGCGAGGUCUUCAAGGACAUGUUCUCCAUGCCUCAGCCCUCCGUGUCCGAUCCUGAUGCGGAGACGCACGAAGACGUGCCGGUGUUGCGCCUGCAGGACGAUCCAGUCGAUCUGAAACACCUGCUCAAGGCGAUCUAUGAACACUCAUACUUUAGCGCUGGCCAACAGACCAAGUUUCCUGUCGUCGCGUCGGUCCUCCGCAUGAGUACAAAGUACGACGCACCGUUCCUUCGUCAGCGAGCCAUUGACCUGCUCUCUACCGCCUACCCGUCCACACUCGCCGCAUGGGACAAUAGAGCCUCUCAGCGGCUCGUUCCACCCUUCGAGAACGAGCUCGCAAUUGUGAUCGAACUGGCCUACGAGACAGAUGUCAGAGUGAUCCUUCCUGCGGCAUACUUUGCCGCCAGCAGGGAGCCUCUGUCUUUUGUCUUACCGGAGUUCCGGAGACUAUCCGUCGUACCUGACGCACAGUGGGACUUGUGCAGGGACUUCGUGAUCGGGCGGGAGCGCCUGCAGCAGGCCGAGAUCACGAAUAUCCUCGCAUUCUUGGAGCCGACAUUUUUACGCCCCAACUGCCAGACCUCCAAUGACGCGACGACCAUCCUGAACACUUCGAGGAACGGUCUACGCAAGAUUUUUGAUUCCGAACCGUACCAUCAGUGGUGCAGCGCCCAUCCAGCGGAGGCGGGCAAGGCGCUUGUAUUGUGUGUCAAUUGCUGCACCGUGGUCGAGAAUUCAAUCAGGGAGGGCAGGAAGAACGUCUGGAGCCAGUUGCCUGGGCUGUUUGGUCUUGCCAACUGGGAAACCCUCAGAGCCAGAGAUGGCAUUACGCAGUGAUUUUACAGAGGUUCUCUUGAAGCUGAUGGAUGAAGAGUAUGCACUCGCUUUCAUUAAAAUAUCCUUGAUGAACACGUGCUAGGUCGCCUGUGAUCGCAUCCUUAAACUGCUGUUGCGUCCUGACCCGUCUCGCACUAGCUAUAUGCAAAAUUGACGUUCAUCAUGAGGUCAUGUAAAGUACGUGAACCGUUCAGUCAUGGCUCUAGGUCGUCUAGUAUUCUAUGGGUUCAUGAGCAAAUCAUGGUGGUG